AUGCUCCGUGCGUGGUGCCUGGCGCAUGCGCUCUGUGCGCUGGCCACGAGCCGGACCGUGUUCCAGCCUGACGAGCACUGGCAGUCGCUUGAAAUUGCGCAUGGUAUCGUCUUCGGGUACGGGUACCGUACGUGGGAGUGGACGGGCAAGACGCCCAUCCGCAGCAUUGUGCAUCCCGCCUCGUUCGUGCCCUUGUACGCCUUUCUGCAGGCAUGCGGCCUCGAUGCCUCUACGUUUAUCAUGCGGUCGGCGACGCAUGUGCGUUCGGCCUCGUCCAACGCAUCGCCGGACGCCGCGCCGCCUGGUGCUGGCAUGGCUCUCUCCGCAUGGCCACUGUGUACUGCAGACGUCCAACGCCUAGCCUCGGGUCCUGCACGCCGCGCCUACCGCCUAGCUCUGUUAGCCGCUUUUACUGCUGUACUCGUGCGCCCUACUAGCCUUGUGAUCUGGUCAUUCCUCGGCCUCAAACUGCUUUGGGAUGCCCACUCGGAUGCCCAAGGCCUCUGGCGCGUCGUGCGUGAGCCGCUGUGGAUCGGCCCUUUCGUGCUGGGUCUCGGGGCCUGUGCUGACUAUAUGUACUUUGGCGUCUGGACUCUUGCACCCCUGCGCUUCUUCCUCCAAAAUGUCAUUCACGGCGUAUCGUCGUUCUAUGGAGAAAAUGCAUGGCACUGGUACAUCACCCUCGGUCUCCCUACGAUUCUCUCGGUCUAUCUUCCCUUCUUCUUUCGCGGCAUCUAUGUGACGUACAAAAAGGCCGUGUCCGCGCAGGUUCGCACACUGCUGAGCAUGUGCGCCUGGACUGUGGCCAUCUUCUCGCUGCUUGCCCACAAAGAAGUGCGGUUCCUGCAGCCGCUCGUACCAUGGUUCCACUUUGCCGCAGCCAUCGGCAUGGCGGAUAGUCGUCCCAUGAACAUUUCAUCGCUGCGCACAGCAUUUCAAGCCCUGCCUCGGUGGAUGCGCGCAUGGAUAUAUGCCCAGCUGCCCUUCUUUGUGUAUCUGACCGCCUUCCAUACACAAGGGCAGGUUGGUGUCACCACCCACAUGCAUCGUGUGGCCACCUCUUCGAAAGCUCCCGUGACAGUGGGCUUCCUCAUGCCAUGUCACUCCACACCUUGGCAGAGUCACAUGCACUUUGCUCCUUGGGGCUCCGGCGGCGAUCGCGGGCGUGCCUGGUUCCUUGCGUGCCCCCCGCCGCCUGACGCUCAUUUGUCGGACUACUGGGACCAGUCGGACUUUUUCUUUGCAGACCCACUCCAGUAUAUGCAUUCGCGCUUCCCUGCCACGGUGGACCCAUCUUUCCCUGCCAUGGACCGCUCCAAGUUUAUCGUGCCAUUGACGACGGGCCUGCCGCGCAAUGAGACUAUGUCCAUCGCCGAGCUGCUCACAGCACAAGGGUAUCGGGAGACAGCACGGCUUUGGAAUUCAGUGUUCCAUCCAGAGGAACAUCGCCGCGGUAAUGUCGUCCAACAAACGCAGCGAAGGGUAGCGGUGCACAAUGGCGGACGAUACAUUGGGGGUACACCGCGGCUGGGUCACCAUGCCUUGCCCUUGGAUCUGCUGUCGCACACCUGCCGCAAAGGCACGGUUGGCUUGGUUUCGCAAAUGUCGAAGGUGGGUAUCGAGUCCAAUGAUCAGAAGCAGGCGCUGCGUCUGAGGGUGGUCCGGCACAUUCGUGGAGAUUCGAUCCGCCAAGGAUCCAUCUUCCACAGCGCGAAGAACCUGCUCACCCCCGGCUACCAUAACCAUCCCGAAACGGUCAGGAUGCAACUGAUCUGCCAGAGAAGGCUCACGCGGCUCAAUAGUCACCAUUUCCGACUUAACCGAAGCGUAGGCGAUUUUGGCCAUGGCAUAGGACUUGAAGGCAUGGAAACAACACCAUCACCGCGCGUCAGUGGAUCAGAACUCUGCGAUGAGUACCUCGCAUUGUUUCGUCUGGGCCAAAAAGAGCAAGCAGCGCAGGAGGCUGAUAGGGCACUGUCGCAAAAGGUGGACUUGAAUGUGAUCAUGCCUUUGGAGAUGGUUCUUCCGCGACUAGGCCGUGCUCAGCAGCUUGCAGAUCUGUACUUGGCUGCAAGUCAGGCACACCCUGAUGACGAAGAGCUCGCUGAGGGUGCAUUGCUCUGUAUGGUCAAAAACAGCAUGUACCAGCGUGCAUUGCAACUGCUUCUUAAACGCUUCCGCAUAUCAAAGGAAAGAAAAGACUUUUGGCGCUACAUUCAGGUGGCAAUUUUACAUUCGCAACGCCUCCAGCCCCCUGGUUCGAAGCUGGCUCUAGAGGUAGCUUAUCGCCUUUUUCAAGAGCAGGCCCUAGACGAUACCAGCUUCUCCGAAGAGACACUUUCUCUGUACUUGUCCUUCUUUCUGCUUCAGGGCACAGAGCGCCUUCAGGGAGCCAUGCAAGUGCUCGAACAGCCCCAUUGCAAGUCACUCGCGAACAAUAGCUUGACAAUUCAAUUUCAACUUCGUGAAUGCUGGAAAGUACUCGGAGACAAUGAGAGCCUUCUUCGCGAUUGUCGUUCUCGCAUUGCGCAAGGUGACCGCAACUGGGCCGUUCUCUCUGAAUACAUCCAUACUAUGGGUCAGGUGGCAAGUGGGUCCAUGAACCAUGAGGAUGUUGACUUGAUUGUCAAGGCUGCAGAGCAAGACAAUUGGAAGGAUCGCGGCUCCUUCCUGGGGGUAUUAGAGCUGUUCCGUGUCUCUCAUGACUGUGGUCUUGAAGAGCCAUGCGACUUGAUCUACGUUGUCCUUGUGCGCAAGUAUUUGGAAACAUUUAUCGUCAAGCCUUCCUGUUUUGAAGAUAUCCGACCCUACCUAGCCUCUAUCCCUGAAACAGACAGAGGCUCUUUGCUGGCAUGGGCGCAUGACGUACCUGAUCUCUCAACCGAGACUAAUAUUGUCCGAAAACAUUUUCAUGUGCCCGAUACGGAGAUGCAUCCUGGUGACGAUCUGGCUUUGCUCGCAGUUAUGGAGGCUUCUGCUACUGGUCCUGAGGCCCUUAGCAAUGCGGCUAUGAUUGCUAUUCACGGUUGCCAAAAAAGCAAGCGUGCAUACCGCCUACGCCUACUGCUGAUUCGCCUUCUAAUUCGUCUUGGAUGCUUUAAGCUGGCUAUUCAGUAUUUCGAGGCAUUUGGUUUAAAAGCUGUCCAACUUGAUACUGUUUCUCACUAUAUGAUGGAUCGGAACUCAUCGUUCGGUGGCUCUCAUGCAGCCGAUAUCACCAAUGUAUGGGAUGCUCACAUACGAGAUUUCUAUGUGCAUAGUGCCUAUGAAGUACCUGAGGCAUUGGGCCGGGCUUUCAGCAAUGGCAAGUUUUCGCAAGUCUCCGAUUUGUGUGAAUUCAACGACUGCCUUGAGCACUCUUGCGCCAAAAUCAUUUUACAACUGGACAUGAUUCGCAGCAAAUUUGUCAAUCAGGAUUUGGUUGAUUCAGAAUACACCUCGGCCCGGGAAACGGUUAAGAAGAUCAUUGAAUUUGUAAAUGAAAUGAUUGCUCCAGUACUCGAUCUACCUACACAACCAGGACCAUUCCAAUUCAAUCAGGGUAUUCGCCAUUUGGAGUUCUUCGAGGAUGAAAAGAAUAUCGCGCGGUACUCGCAAGGCGUUCGCACGCGUUUCACUACCAUAGCUACUGUCCAUUUAAAAAUGACUGAAGCUCGUUAUGCUGAGAUCGAUCGUCUCUACGGAGAUGAAUAG